AUGGCCACCUCGGCUCUGUUCCCCUCGGGUGGAUUAAUUGAUCCCACCAAAGACUACCCUAUCAUCUUGGGUGAUCAAUUGGCCGGAGGAGAUACGAAACCGCAAUCGAGAUUAAUCAACAUUCAGUAUAAUUAUAAAACGAAGUCCGCGUCCUCGCAGCAACGCACCCAUAUCACCCGAUCUGCGCAAUGUCCGGACCUGUAUAACCUCACGAUCACAGACAAGGCACCGAAAGCCGAUAAUAGUGUUAUAACAUACUCAUACAAAGGCAGCGUGGAUCCAGAACAUGCUACGUCGGAGUCACGCGAGCAGAAUCUGGUUUUGAUUUUCGAUCCGGACCGUAAGGCCUUUGUUCUCGAGUCGAUUGCGACGCAGUUGAACUUCAAUCUUCGGUCGGCACCUAAUAAAACUGAAAAGCAGGUGACGGAGCAGUAUGCGCAGCUGCGAACAUUGCAUGAUGAAGACCAGGGUUCUGGUGACGACGGAGCAGUGUUAACAGCCGCUGACACUGGCGACGGUCCCGCUGAUGACAGCAAUCCCUACGACUACCGUCACUUCCUGCCAAAAGAAAAUCCUGACGAUGACAAGUCUGUUUCGGAUGGUGCAAUGUCAGCUCAUCUCAAUGCCAGUAAAGCUAGUACCCCUCUGAUGACCGCGGCUGCCAAACCUACUCCAAGUCCCCAAGUUCGACCUAAGCCUCAAACCAAUCCUCUCCGUCGACAACCACGCCCGAGCAAACCUUCUAGAAACCAAACAAAAGCUGCUCCCAAGACGAAUCUGGAGCCUCCAGCGCAAGUUGAGCGGGAGGAGCCUCAGGAGGAAGAGAUAGAGGAGGUGGAGGAGGAGAUCCCAGCUGGCGAAAUGAAAUCAUCCCCUUCGGACACUGGAACCGAAUUGGUAUCAUCCUUCAAGGCGGCUCCGUCACCAGGCUCUAAUAUCAUAAUUGACGGAGAUCUGAUCAUCGACAUGGGAUCGCCCCCUCCAUCUCGCCCCGCUUUCAGGGUUAAUCCAGCACACUUCUCGUCCAACAAUACCCCAGCAAACGAGGAAGAUGAUGAGGAGGAAGAAAUGGAAGCUCUGCGGCUACCAUCUCCUGUCGGCCGCGGUGGUGCUUCGUCUGAGAGGGUGGAAACAGCACCGGCAACACAGGAGGAGAUUGAAGAUGAUGACGAUGCACUAGCGGCUGAAAUGGAGGCUGCUUUCGAGGAAGAAGCGAGGAAGCAGGAGUACCAGCCACCGUCCCUGCAGUACCAUGUUCCCAGUGAUGACGAGAGUGAGUCCAAAGCACUUUCCGACAAACACCGGACGGAAACAUUGUAUCGACUUGAUUGCGUCUCAGGACAAUCUCCUCAAUACGUCAUGGCCACGGCACCGUCGCAUUCCCCGGAGAAACGGCCUCUACCUGCUGAGUCGAAUCCCGUCCGCCACGCAUCGCAAGCCCAAUGGCUCUUCACAGAUGAAGAACUCACUCGUACGCCAUCCCAACUCGACGGCAUGAAGAUGGAAGCGGAGCAUACUAGUCGCAGCAAAGGUGUCAAUUUCAUUACCCAGGUCGGCAUCAUGCUCAAGCUACCCCAGCUCACUUUGGCGACCGCAGCCGUCUACCUUCACCGGUUCUUCAUGCGCUACAGCAUGGUCGAUAUACCGCAACGACCGGGCAUGCAUCCCUAUCCCAUCGCGGCCACUGCGCUAUUCUUAGCUACGAAAGUCGAAGAGAAUGUUCGGAGGAUGAGAGAGCUCGUGGUGGCCUGCUGCCGAGUGGCGCAAAAGCAGCCGAAUCUGGUGGUGGACGAGCAAUCCAAGGAGUUUUGGAAAUGGAGGGACACAAUCCUGCACCAUGAGGACCUACUCCUGGAGGCGCUCUGCUUCGACCUGCAGCUCGAACAGCCGUACCGCAUCCUCUACGAUUUUAUCUGUAUUUUCGGCGUGAAUGAAAACAAACCGCUCCGCAACGCCGCAUGGGCCUUUGUCAACGACUCCAUGUUUACGGUCCUCUGCCUACAGUUCAACGCACGCACCAUCGCUGCCGCCGCUCUAUACGCCGCAGCGCGGCACUGCGACGUGGGUUUUCCGGACGACGACCGCGGUCGAGCGUGGUGGGAGCAGAUUGACGUGGAUCUGACGCAGGUGCGUCGCGCCUGCAUGAGAAUGGCACAGCUCUACGAGAACAAUGCCAUGCAGAAACAUAGCCAGUACUACCCGACCACCCCAAUACUGUCGGACGAGGGCACUGAGAAGACCAGGAUCCCGCACGCUGGCAGUCCCGCAAAUCGUCCUCCAGCGGAGUCAGAUGUCAAUCACGGACGGAAACGAUCGAAAGAGCCAGAAGACAGCGGCGAACCUCGAGGAGAUGGCUCAGCACCCUCCAACGGAGAGCGUUCUCCAAAACGACCACGCAGGGAGUCGGAUGCUGCGCCACAUGGGCCGGCCCGUCUCAACGGCCAGGUACCUCCGUCAUUACCUCAUCCACCCACUCACAACCGUCACCCGCAUCCCCUACCACCGGCUCCCCGUCCAUUCCCACGUCGAGAUAGCGACCAUCGUCCUCCGGGCGGCGGAAAAGUGGCAGGUCCAAGGGAAGCCGAUCCAAUCCAACAACGCAUUGACGAAAUCGUUUCACAGAAUAUGCCGUUGCACGGUGGUCCGCCAGUACCACCACCACCACCACCACCCGGAGCCGGAGCGCGGAUCCCCAACAGACGAGACUCAGUCGAUCACCGCGGACCCGAUCGGGCACCCUCACCUUCAACCUCUACCCCACCGCCACCACCUCCCGAUAUUCCUCAGCCACCACCUCCACCCCCGCCUUCGCAGCCGGAACAAGCCGCUCAGGAAGACGAAGGCGGGGGCAGUGAAGAAGGGGAGCUUUGA